AUUGAGUUCAGUUUUCAAUCACAUUUGUCUUUCAUAUCGUAUUAACUUCAUACUCAUAGUCAAGCAUGGAUCAUAACUUUGUAGUUACAAUAUUGUUCUUAUUGAUUUUUGGACAGUUAGGAGCUAUAAAUGGAUAUGCUGCUUACAAGUGGCAACCAUUUAAAUCAGGUGAUAAAAUACCUUAUAAUGCUGCUAAAAUUGAAGCUCAAGAACAUAUCUACGUCGGAAGAGCCAGACAUUUUGAUGAAAUGCUUCCAGCCGAAAUCAAUGCAAAUGGAUCAGCAACGGUAUUUUCUUGCCAAAAAGUAAUACCGAAAUAUGUAUUAGAAAUUCUUUUGAUAUCGGAAGAAUGCGAUUGGAAAGAAUUUGACAAUUUCUAUGAUAUAGAUGAAACUGCAGUACGUGCCGGAACUGUUGAUGGUGAACCUAUAUAUAUUGGAAGCGGAACUUUAGAAAAAGCUUAUUAUGAAAUCAGUGUUCGACAUAUUGCAUCAAUUAUGUUAAAUUCCCAGCAAGUACAUUGUUGGAAAAAUAACAACAAUUGUUAUCUAUUGCAAUACCUUAGUUGUAAUACAAAAACUAAAUGGGUUGAUUCUUCGGCAGUGAAUUUACCAAAUAAUUCAAUUUCUGGUGGCAAAUCCGAGAAAGGUCAUGAUAUCUAUGUUGCACAAUUGAAAAAAGGCUGUAACAUUUUCGCGGGACAAGUUAUCCCACUAAUGGGCAUUGCAACUGCUAUUCAACACAAUGAAGAAACUAUUGUGGCUAAAUAUUGUCAAGUGCUAGUUGGCGAACCAAAUGAAUAUAGAUGGGUUUCAGCUAGUAAUAGACAAAUACCAGAUUAUGCUGUUAGUAAUGGAAAAUAUGGAAAUGAGUUAGGUUAUUUGGCACGAAUUAAUAUGACACUAACAUAUGUUACAAGUACUAUGAUUCAUGGUAUGGAAGCAGAUUACGAAUUUUUGGUUGAAAAUGAUGAUCUUUUUAAAAUUAAUUAAAUCUUUCUAUAAAAAUUCACUGUCACUGUUGUGAUUUAUAGAAAUAAAUUAACGAAGUUCAAUAAAUAAUAAAAAUCAAGGUUAAAAUGU